CCCCCUACGAGAAAGGCACCCGUGGCAGCUUGGUUCCUGCGUAGAUGCUGGGGCUGUAGGCGCCGCGCGGUCAGCUGGUUGCAGCUCGCAGGGAGGACGCCGGCGAUCGCCUUCCCUGCGCUGGCCCCGCCGCUGCCAUGAUUCCGGUAUCGCUGGUGGUAGUGGUGGUGGGCGGCUGGACUGCCGUCUACCUGACCGACUUGGUGUUGAAGUCAUCUGUAUAUUUUAAGCAUUCUUAUGAAGACUGGCUGGAAAACAACGGAUUGAGCAUCUCCCCUUUUCACAUAAGAUGGCAGACUGCUGUUUUCAAUCGUGCCUUUUACAGUUGGGGACGGCGGAAAGCAAGGAUACUUUACCAGUGGUUCAAUUUUGGAAUGGUGUUUGGUGUAAUUGCCAUGUUCAGCUCUUUUUUUCUUCUGGGAAAAACGCUGAUACAGACUUUAGGCCAAAUGAUGGCUGACUCUUCUUAUUCCUCCUCCUCCUCCUCUUCCCAUUCUUCCUCCUCUUCCUCUUCUUCUUCCUCCUCUUCCUCCUCCUCUUCCUCACUUCACAAUGAACAGGUGCUCCAAGUUGUGGUUCCUGGCAUUAAUUUACCUGUCAACCAACUGACCUAUUUCUUCGCUGCAGUCCUCAUUAGCGGUGUUGUACAUGAAAUUGGACAUGGAAUAGCAGCUAUUAGGGAACAAGUUCGAUUUAAUGGCUUUGGGAUUUUUCUCUUCAUUAUUUAUCCUGGAGCAUUUGUUGAUCUGUUCACCACUCAUUUGCAACUUAUAUCACCAGUCCAGCAGCUAAGGAUAUUUUGUGCAGGUAUCUGGCAUAAUUUCAUCCUUGCACUCCUGGGUAUUUUAGCUCUUAUUCUCCUUCCUGUAAUUCUCUUGCCGUUUUACUACACUGGAGUUGGGGUGCUUAUCACUGAAGUUGCUGAGGACUCACCUGCAAUUGGACCCAGAGGCCUUUUUGUGGGAGACCUUGUCACCCAUCUACAGGAUUGUCCUGUUACCAAUGUACAAGACUGGAAUGAAUGUCUGGAUACCAUCACCUAUGAGCCCCAAAUUGGUUACUGUAUAAGUGCAUCAACUUUGCAGCAGUUAAGCUUCCCAGUUAGAGCAUACAAACGGCUAGAUGGUUCGACUGAAUGCUGUAACAAUCACAGCCUUACAGAUGUUUGCUUUUCCUAUAGAAAUAAUUUUAAUAAGCGUUUGCAUACAUGUCUACCUGCCCGGAAAGCAGUUGAAGCCACCCAAGUUUGUAGAACCAAUAAAGACUGUAAAAAAAGCUCAAGUUCAAGUUUCUGUAUAAUACCUUCUUUGGAAACUCAUACGCGCUUAAUAAAAGUGAAACACCCACCUCAAAUUGAUAUGUUAUAUGUAGGACAUCCGCUGCACCUUCACUACACAGUGAGCAUCACCAGUUUUAUCCCACGUUUCAAGUUUCUAAGCAUAGAUCUGCCUGUGGUUGUGGAGACAUUUGUCAAGUACCUGAUUUCCCUCUCGGGAGCGCUAGCAAUUGUUAAUGCAGUGCCCUGCUUUGCUUUGGACGGACAGUGGAUUUUAAACUCUUUCCUAGAUGCUACUCUUACCUCAGUGAUUGGAGACAAUGAUGUCAAAGAUCUGAUAGGAUUUUUCAUCUUGCUUGGUGGCAGUUUACUUUUGGCUGCCAAUGUGACCCUGGGCCUCUGGAUGGUUACAGCACGGUAAUAUUUGGACUCAUCUGAUAGAAUCUCUGAGUUACAAUAUAUAAUACUGAAAACCUUACUUGGUAUGAAAUAAAAACUGUUUCCUUAAAAUUGCA